GCUGGACUGCCAAAAGAGGCACGGUAUGCCGAUGACCUCCGCUUUAGGUGGACGGUCCAUGCCGAGGAAGAGCUCACGGAGAUGCGCAAAGAGGUCCGCAACAUUUUCAUUGCGCUUCGUGAGAUGGGCAUGCAAGCCAAUCCUGAUAAGAGCACUUUCUUGAUUAGCAUCAGGGGCCACCAGGCCAAGGAAUGGACCAAACGUUGGAUUCGAAAAGAUUCCAAGGGCAGUCGUCAUUUUCAUUUUGGCUCGGACAAGGCCGAGCGGGUCCCGGUGGCUGAGCAGUUUCUGUAUCUAGGCGCCAUGUUGUCCUACAGGGGUUUCGAGGUUGCCACCGUGCGUCACCGCAUUGGUGUUGCGGCGGGGCAUCGUGAACGCCUUCGCAAAAUUUUGCAUGCACGUCGCGUGCUCAGCGUUGGUCAUCGUCUGAGACUCUGGAAAAUCAUGGCGCAGACCUCCCAGCUUUAUGCAAUCGAGGCGGUAGGGCUCACUGCUGAAGCUUCCAAGCUCCUUCAUGUGCAGACCAUGCGACACCUUCGGGCCAUUUUUGGCUCGGCGAGGCACGUCGAUGGAGACUCAGACCAACUUUUCAUGAUCAAGCAUGGCAUUCCGGACUGCGUUGAACUGGUCAGGCACAGAUGUGAUACACUUUGCAAGCGGUUACGGCAGGACAUCGAUCUGCCCUGCUUUGAUGCACCGAGCAUACUGCAGUGGGCCACCAAGGUCAGGGAUGCACUUCCUGCGCCGUACAUCGCCAAGGCGCGGACACAAACUCCUGUGGUGACACCGGAAGCCGCUGUCACUUCCGCUUCUCAGCCAGCGAUCCAGCAGGGUGCUCCCUCGCCGCCCCCCCAGGGCACCCAGGAUGCCGAUGUCGAGGCCACGUCGAUGUUCAUCAAGGAGAUCAUGGUCUUAAUGGCCUUCCUGUGUGCAGGCGAUCCUGAGGCCUAUGCCAAAAGCUUGUCUCAGCCUGCUGUGCUUCCGGAUGUGCAAAGACCUGAAGUUCUUUCUGUCCUGCGCGAGCGUGGCUGGGAAGCCCUGCUUGAACAGCGUGACCUUUGCGUUGACCUCAAGCAGCGUUGUGCCUUGCGUUAUCAGUGGAUGCCCAGCAAGUCCAUUCGUAAGCACCUUCGUGACAUGCACUCUGAUCAGUUCUUGCCACAUGAGCAGGAUCUACUGAAGCAGGAGGAGGAUCUGUGGGGCGAUCUGCUACCCUCGGUAGGGGGAGCGGCAGCACUUGCCAAAGCAGCGCAACUCCUGGCCACGGAGGCGGAAGACAUGGAUGUGGAUCGCAAGACGGGCAAGCGCCCUCGCAUACCAAGCAACAACGCCUUAGGUUCUCAGGACAAAAAUCAGAAAGCACAGGGCAAAGGCAGGGGCAAGGGAAGGGGCAAGAAGGAUGCAGUCAGCAUGGAGGUGCAGGAGGCAGUGCAGCUGAUGGCUGCGGUGACUCUGCAACUUGUGGACCAGGCCAACCGGGUCCAGCUGGACACGUCCUUUCAAAUGACCAUGAAGAACGAGGCGGGACCCGAGAACAUGCUACCUAUCAUGUACAAGGUGUGGGCACAGUGGAAGAAGAUUCAGAACGAGGAGCCAUCCAAGCUGGACAAGCCAUUGCGGUGCAGCAUGAUGGUUGCACUCCUGAUGGAGAUCAAGGCACGGGCGCAGAAGUUGUUGCAGGACGAGCAGCAACAGGAGCGCAUGAAGAAGUUGGAGUGGGUCGAUGCGGACGGCCGUUGGGUGUAUCGCAAGUGGUGCCCCAAGCAGGAGGAUCUUUAUCUGGAUCAAAUGCGGAAGCCUGUUCCACAGGCGAGGUUCAUCGAGCAGAUCGAUGCAGCCAUGGAGCUGUUGGUUCGACCGGAGAACACGCCAAGAUUUCAGUCAACCCGAGAGCUGACACCGGAGAUGAAGGGCUUCGCGGUAUCCUUUCAUGUGGACAUCGGACUGAGGAAGGAGGCGGAGCCGCUUUUUCAAAUUUUCACGGACUGGGUGGACCUCCAGGCUUGGGUGAUCGGAGCAAUCAGGAUUCGGCCGCAUCGACUCAAGCGCUCUCCAGCGGCAGAUCGGCUGUCUCAGUGGCUGGGCAGUCGCAAUGGCGGUCGCUAA